AUGGGUCCUAUUGUACGCGUACUUCGCCUUAUUGACAAUGAGAAAAAACCCGCGAUGGGUUAUCUAUAUGAACGUAUGGAAAGAUCUAAGAUAACAAUUGCAAAGGCUUUAGGUGAAAAUAGCGUUGAUUACCAAGUGGUGUCGGCUAUUAUUGACAAAAGAUGGGAUUGUCAACUCCACCAUCCAUUGCAUGCGGCAGGUUACUACUUUAACCCGGAGUUCUAUUGCUAUAGGCCUGAAAUUGAGCAAGAUCAAGUGGUGACGGAUGGGAUGAUCAAGUGUGUUCAAAGACUUGUUCCUUCAAAGGACAAACAAGACUUAAUCAUGAAGGAGAUGGUAAAGUGGGUAAACCAAGAGGGCCGUUUUGCUUUAGAUAUUGCAAAGCGAGCACAUUGCACAAUAGAUCCUGCUCAAUGGUGGAAUUUGUAUGGGAAAGAAGUCCCAAAUAUCCAACAAUUAGCUAUGAAAAUCCAUUCCAAGAAAAGGAACCGAUUAGAACACAAGAAGUUGCAAGAUCUUGUGUUUGUCAAGUACAACAAGACACUCAAGAACCGUCGUGAUAAAGAGGUUUAG